AUGGGUUUCAUGAAGAAGUUAACGGGGAUUUUCGGGUUUGGGCAUCACGAAGUUGCGAGAGACGGAGAAGUUGACGGAGUUAAGAACGGAGCAGUCUCCGGCGGCGACGGUGGUGAUAAACGUCGGGAGGAGAAUCAGCCGAGGUUCCGUGAGACCGGACUUCCGAGGAAAGGUUUUGGUGUUCCGGUUCAAGUCGCCGUCGAACGCCCCAAUCCUGGUCCUAUUCUUCAGCCUUGUGCUGCUGCAGACGGUGGUGUUCAGGGACUGCGUUGGUACUCAACGAAGCUCAGGAUUGAUGAAGAUGGAGAUGUGGGAGAUGAGUUCGUGGAGGAUCAUGACUGUAAGACUCUGCCAAGAAGAUCCAAAACAAAAGCUGCAAAAGUGAAAGGCUUAGUGAUCUCUUCGGAUGGGAAACUUCAGCCGUUACUGCAUUGA